AUGAUAUCUUUGAAAGAGACUAUUUCAAGACUUGGUAGGACAGUGAAACUGAUAGAAUCAAUACGGCAGAAUGUAUCGAAAAAUCAAAGAUUGAGAAGUACCGAAAUUGAUGGAAAAGAAGUAACACGACGACCAUCACUGAUCAUUUAUUCAAAGUCAACUUUCAUACCUGAUAGAGAAUUUAAAAAUCAAAGAUCUUCAACUAAAUUAUAUCAAGAAUUUUUGAAACCAUUAAAUUUAGAAAAUUUGAAAAGUUUUGAAGAUGAGAAAAAGGAAUUUGACGUUGAAAGUUCUAGGAGAAAUUGGCGUAAGAGAAAAUCUACAGCUUUGAGUGAUCAAUUAGAUAUAUAUUUAGAAAAUAGACAACUAUUUCAAAAUAUGUUGAAUUACUUGAUUGAGAUUACCCCGACCCAUUUAAAAAAUGUUAAAAAUAUCACCUAUAAUCAGCACAUAAUUACUCAAGAACAUCAAAAGCAUUCAAAAAUUCAACAUAAUAUUGAUUGUUUCACAGAAAUUCCUAAAAUACCCAAUCCUUUAACUAAAGAGGGUUUUGAAUGGUACAUUUAUAGUUUAACCCAUAAAAGAUAUCAUUAUCUUAAUCUGUCAAGUUUAAAAUCUGGAAUUAUUCCAAAAAUAUUAUUAUAUACUCAUAAGUUAGAUUGUGAAAAAUUUAAACCUUUUAGAUCAACUAUAACUUUUAAUUAUUUAAUAAAAUAUUUUGGAUUUGAUAAAAAUCAAAGUUUAUUUGCAAGGGAAUUACUAUUGGUGAUGAAUAAAGAAGGACAUUUAAUAAAUGAAGAAACUAUUAAUAUUUUAUUGAAAAUUGUUUCAAAACAAUCAAAAAUUAGAUCUAAUUCAAAUAGUUUUGCAUCAGUCAUAAAAUAUUUAAAACUAGGUCAACUGUUAGGAGUUGAUAUUAAUCUUGAUACAUGGACUAGAAUUUAUGACACGAUUGGAAAUUUACAUUUAAAAGAACAAUAUUUAGAGACUAUACAAAACACAAAAUUACCUAUAACUAGAUCAUUAGUAUUAAGAAUAUUAGAUGAUUUUAUGAAUGUCACAAAAGAUACAAAAGAAGUUGAAUAUUUUAUUGAAAAUGAUUUAAAUUAUAAAGAUUGGCAAACUGAUGAAUUGAUUAAAAAUAAGAUAAUUUUUCAUAAAGCUAAAAAUGGAGAUACCUCAUCUUUUAUAAAUGAUGAUUAUGCUCUAAAAUUUUUAUUACAAGGAAUCAUGAACGAUAAAUCAUUAGAGCCUAAAUCACCAAGGAUAUUCCAACAUUUCUGCAAAAAUUCAAAUUUACAUUCAACACCCAAAAUAUUACAAACAUACACUUUAUUAAUUAAACAAUUAAUUGAUGAAUUUAAUGAUAUUCACCAUCUUGAAAAAUUAACAUUCUUAAUACGAGGGUUGAUUCAUGAUGCAACAAAUGCACUAAAUAUCCCCACGACAGUAAUACGAUACAAAGAAGAAGAUGAAGAAACUUUUAAAGAAACUAUACCUGAAAACUACAAAAUUAUAGCAAGACAAACAAAAGAUAGAUUAAUUAAAUUACAAGCUUCAAUUCAAUAUAUAAAUUCAAAAGUUCCUGAUUCCAAUUUAAAAAAUCCUUGGAAACCCUUCACAACUACUGAGGCAUCAGAAUGGAAUAAAUUGAAGAAUGAGAGUAUGAAAAACUUGGUGUUUGAUGUUGAAACAGAGCUAAAUUUAAGCAAAAAAAUUCAAUUCAAAGAUUUAAACUUGUUAAUAAACAAGAUUAAAACAAAAUCAGCCAAAUCAAGACAAAGACAAGAUAAUGAAAUAUCAAAAAUUGGACUUGAAAAUUAUGUUAAAAAAUGUAUGAUUGAACGAAAUUUAAUUGAUGAUAUUGAUGAAACUGAAUAG